AAGCCACCGACGCUUCAACAGUUCAUAAGCUAUACGGAAAAACAACAUCGCAUGCCCGGUGUUCAACGUAGUGUAUGCAGACGUUGGGCAGCUGGGCAGUUGUAACUUCAGUAAAUGAGAGCAAAAGUACUUGUCGUUCCUGUGUAUCAAAAGCACUGGUUAUACCACGUAUGGAGUGAACACACGGCCGCAGAGACUGCAGCACAGCGCUCCUUGCACUGGUCACAAGGGGGCUCGUUGCAGGACAAGGCGGUGCUAUUUGGGAAGGAAGUUAGCAACAAGAUCAGUGUCGCUGCGCAGCACCAGUGGAAAUCAAUCCAAGCUGCUGAUGAGGGCACAUUCAAAAAUAAGCUUUACAGGUUGGCGCAGUGGGUGCUAUCCCAGGAGGACCCGCUGGAGACUUUCCUGAAGUCCGUGCCGCACCAUGCGAGCUCAUUGGAAAUCAUACACCCGGUCACAAUGAAGGAGCGGUUGGUGCGGCGGCGGUUGCGGCGGUUGGCACUGUCACAGGAGCACUACCACAACCGACGCAUUCUGGGGUGGGCGCUGGCCACACUGCCGCAGCUGCCGCUGAUGAUCACCCCCUUCCCGAACGUCACGCUCUACUACACGGCCUACAAGGUGGUGUCGCACUACCAGGCGCGCCAGGGCUGCCGUACACUCCGCGCCGCCUUCGAGCGUUACGACGCAGCAGAGCGCGAGCGUGCCGCCGUUCAGGCCAGGGCGGGUCACGGCGGCGUCCUCCGCUGGCUGGCACUGCCGCGGCUGCACGGCGGGGAGCAGGCGGCUGCUGCCGGCGGGGCUCUGUGUGGCGGCGGCGGCAGCCCGGGUGCAUCACAGGGCUCCGCACGCAGCGGGCCCUCCUCUAGAGCUGGGGGCAGGGGGGCGGUAGGCGCCGCUCCCGGGUCUGCCGAGUGGGAGGCGGAGGCGCCGCUGCCGCAGUUCCGAGCCAGCAAGGCGCUGGACCAGGCGGUUCGGCCGCUGGAAAGGUGGCAGUCGCCGCUCACAGACGAGAUGGCCCUCCGCGUGCGCAGCCUCUUCCCGCCACCGCGACCUCCCAAGAAAGAGGGCAAAAAGGAGGGCAAGAAGGACAAGGACAAGCACGAGGAAGAGGACGCCGACAGUGGCGGGGGCGCCGAGGCGGUGCCUGAGCUGGUGACUCGGCUGCGACAGCGCGUGCUGGAGCGGCGGGGCAAGAAGUGCCGUAGCGGGCGCUGCUGAGGGGAGGGUAGGAGUGCGCUGCGUGUAUCACACUGGUUUACGCUGCGUGUGAGACUUAGCGCGCAGGUGUUGUAGAGUUUUGGACUGCUGGAAUCUUAGUAGUUCGCAGGGGGUGAAGCAUUGCCGCAUGUGCAGCCGGCCACUGAUUGUGCAUGGAAGAGCAAGUGCUUGCGCGCGCAGGUUGGCUUUGGGCGCCGCAGGGUGUACUAUAUGUUAUGCAAGCGAUUUGGUUGGAUACUGGUGGUUGCGGUGUAUUCUGUUGGCGUUGCGUCUGUAAAGACUGAUUGCCGAGGCUGCUAUGUCUCUUAAUAGUGUAGCGUGCCUCAAGCUCUCGAGAUUAGAGAGAUCCCAUUGGGUCAUGUAUGAUGCUGUUGGUGUUUUUCCUACAUGGGCGUCGUCAAUACUGCUCAUCCGUUUUGUUAAAUCCAGGGGAAUACAAUCCCCAUGUACCCUGUACGAUACCCCUUUACUUGUUUGCUGCAUGCAUAGCUGUCUUUCCUGGAUCCUCUCCGCUCCGUUCCAGGAUAAGCCACAGCACCCAGUAGGCUACUGUAAUCAUGUCCAGGGCAGAACCUGACGCGUAUAAAUGUGCAAUGGCUGCGUGCUGUAACGGGCCGUCUUCGA